UCUAUUGUGUGUGAAAUCGUACAAUGCUUCACUUUCCGUAAUAAGUUCUGUUACGCCACAGUCGAAGGCUACGUAGAGAUUGUUGUAUCAGCGCUGCGAUGGAGGAGAACGAAAUCUUGGCGACAAUAACUACAGUUCUGUCUCUUUUUGGUACGCUUUUCAUCAUCGUCUCUUUCUUUCUAUGGAAGGACAUUCGAACUACGUCAAGGAGAAUUCUGGUUUACAUCUCUAUCGCAGACUUUCUCACAUGUGUUGCAACAAUCGCUGCUAUAACAAAUUUUUGGUUGUCAGGAACUGAAAACAAAGAGGUCUGUUUCGUCCAAAGUAUCAUCGGAACUUUUUCUGUGCUGUGUUCUUUCUUCUGGACAGUUUCUAUGGCGUUGUAUCUGUACAUUUCUGUUUGCUGGAAGAAUUCCCGACUAGCUGAGCGUUUGUUGUACUUAUUUCACGUGUUUGGCUGGGGAAUACCAGCAAUAAUUGUGACUGUCGCAGCGUCGACUCAUAAACUGGGAGACAACGGCAACAAAGUCUCAGCAGGAUGGUGUUGGAUCAACAUAAAGUUGAACUGGCACGAGCAAAUCGAAUGGAUGCUGUUGGCAGGAAAAUUAUGGGAAAUAAUGGCAUUUUGUGCAAUAGUUGUACUUUAUGCCUUAGUCAAACGAAAUAUGAAGAAGGAGCUUCAUGAGAAAAACAGAGUAUUCACUGAAAGUACAGUGGCACAAGCUCAGAAGGCAGAAAGGAAACUGAUUUGUGUUCCCUUAUUAUUUGUGUUGUUGCGUGUUUGGGGAACUAUAAGAUUUCUCCUGAUGAUUUCACACCAUGAGUCACCAUUUUGGCUGCUCAUUCUACAGGGUAUUGGAGAUAAUGCCCCUGGAUUUGCAAACUUUCUUCUAUUUUGCUUUUUUACUGAAAAAUGUUUUGGUAAGUUUCGUCGCUGUUUCCAGUGUUGUACACUAUGUUUUGACUCAAGAUCUCCAACUGGAGUGAAACGCUCCGACUCACUUCAGGCAACUUAUGAUGUUGAUGGGACAAUAGGACAACCAAUCAUUCGUCAGCAUUCCAUAAAUAGAGAAACUGAUUGCUUGAAUGGGCAUCUUAAUACCACUGUUGAUUAUUCAUCAGUGAACUGCUGAAUGAAGGAAUUGCCCCCUGUGACUUUGCACUCAUGAAAAUCAGCUCACACAGUCAUUGGUUCACAAGUGUGAAAGUAUAUUUCACCAGAGUGGGAUGAAUAGUGGUGGAUAUUUAUUGAAUGGCAAAGUGGAGACAUACUUAUCCACCACUUUCAGGAACACCAAGUUGGAUUACUGGAUUAUUUAUAUUUACUACACAAAAAAGCAAAAAAUUAGUGCAUUACUUUUAGUAAAUGAAAAAAAUAGUUGGAAAUGAAUCUCUGGAAGCACAAUUAUUUCAUUUCUUCAUCUCAAAGGGGGGGAGGUGAAUAGCACUUGGUAGCCUUCCUAAUCACUUUUGUGGCAGCAAAUCAGGGCUGAGUAUUCACCCAUGUGGUAAUAAAUCCUAAUAAGGAAUAAGUUACUUAGAAAAUAAUUUAUUGUAAAAGUAAAUCAAAUUUUCUCCACGAGAAGUGAAUGUCUAUUUUGGUGACAAAAAUAUAUGAUGGAUGUGUUAGAGUUAACUUUCUUUGAAAAGUAUAUUUAGGAAAUCUCUACGAUAUUUCUUUAUUGUAACUAUUUUCUGUCAAUAAAAAAAUUCUAACAACUAUCAGAGGUAGAUUUUUUACAAGAAGUAUUACUCUAGCAGUACAUCUGUGCUACAUCCAUAUGGAUAAAGACUACCUGACAUUUACCAUAAUACUUAUUUGAGAAACUUUUCAUAUAGCACUACUAUUCAAUUUACAUGUGAUGUGUCAGAGGAUAGUUUAAGGACGUCCACACUUGCUAAUGACAGGUCACUAAAACUUAAUGCUACAUAACAUUAAUAUUUUUAUGAAUUCUACAAGAUAUUGCCUUCAAAUACAGUUCAGCCCAUGAUUUGUGGCAACAGUUGUAGGCCAUAAUCAAUUUUGUAUUUUUUUUUUUCAACAAUUCAUGUUCCCUAUAGCUAAUUGACUAAAAAGGAUAAAGGUUUUAGAGUCUUGCCAAGGAUUGCCAUAAUUUUAACUAUUAAUACUACUUUAUCAACAAUUUAACCAUUUCACUCCCAUGACUGACUAAAAGCAAUUUCUCCUUACAACCAUACUUUUUCAGAAUAAAAAGUGAAUGAUAGGAAAAGUAGAAAUCCAAACGAAAAUUAGCACAGAGAUACUGUGUGAUUAAAUGGUAUAUUCUCUGAGAGAAAAUAAAAGGAAUGUAUAACAGAUAGUGGAGAGAACUUACAGUUAUAUCUUGGUAGAGAUAGGGUUAAAUGGCAAGAACCUUGCUUUGCAUGUAGAGUACCUCUUGUCAUGAUUUGCCUUUAAAAGAUACAAUGUGUUUUAAGUGGGAAGUGUUUAAUGAAUUACAGAUGGCCAUGCAUUUAAAACAAUUUCAAAAACUCUACAGGGUUAGAGCAUUUUCUAAAUAUACAUCAAUAAAAACGAAAAAAA